AUGUCUAUUAAUGAUCGUGAUGGUAAAGAGGAAGGAACACUGAAGGCGCUCCAGGCUAGGAUUAAUCUUCGAUCGGAGCAAGCACAGAAAUUAUUUGGAAAUUAUGAUUCAUCGAUAGUGGAUUCUUUAUAUCCUACAGUUGAUCCAAUGUCAAUUAGGAUGAGAAUGUAUAAUUUCUGUACUUCUAAAAGGACUGAUCAUCAAUCAAAUAAUUUAUUGAGUAGGAAAAUUAACAAGGUUAUCAAGACUUUGGAACCUCAAAAGGAGCAAACACUUUUAAACAAGAGAAAACAUGAACAAGUUUCUAAUAAUUCAACAUCCGAUAAUUCAUCAUCUAGGGCACUCCAAUUAUACGACGAUAGUAAUGAACGUCAAAUUAGUACAUUAAAUAAUACAAUUAUGAAUCAAAGUCAACGAGUUGAGGAUUCACAAACAGCAGUUGUUGCUUUUGAUAAUCCAUAUUAUUCACUUGAAGGAAAGGACGAACUUACCAAGUCAUUAAUUUUACAAGAAAAACGAAGAAGAAAAGAAAUUGAACAAAAACCUCAGUGGCAUCCAAACUGGAAGCUCACCAAGGUCAUUACUGGCCAUCAUGGUUGGGUUAGAACUCUUGCUGUGGAUGUUAGUAAUGAAUGGUUUGUGACAGGAUCUAAUGAUAGAACUAUCAAAAUAUUUGAUUUAGCAUCAGGUGAAUUGAAAUUAACAUUAUCUGGUCAUGCAUCUACUGUUAGAGGUUUGGCUGUUUCAGCAAGAUCACCUUAUUUAUUUUCUGUAGGAGAAGAUAAGAGUGUUAAAUGUUGGGAUUUGGAAACAAACAAAUGUAUUAGACAAUAUAGAGGUCACUUGAGUGGUAUUUACAGCUGUGCAUUGCACCCAUCAUUGGAUAUUUUGGCAACAGGAGGAAGAGACAGCAGUUGCCGUAUCUGGGAUAUCAGAACAACUAGAGAAAUAUUCCUUUUAACUGGACACAAUAAUACAGUAACUUCAAUUCUUGGGCAAGAACAUGAACCACAAAUAAUAACUGGUUCCAGUGAUGCAACAAUUAGAUUGUGGGAUUUAAAGAAGGGAACUACUCGUACCACACUGACACACCACAAGAAAUCAGUAAGAAGUCUUGCACUUCACCCAACAGAAUAUACAUUUGCAAGUGCUUCCCCAGAUAGUGUAAGAAAAUGGAAAUGUCCAGAAGGUAAAUUUAUGCUCUCCUAUGAGGGUAAUGAGGAGGAUGUUAUUGUUCACUCUAUGGAUGUAAAUAGUGAUGGUGUAAUGGUUUGUGCAGAUGAUAAUGGUCACCUCGAUUUCUGGGAUUGGAAGACCGGUCACCAUUUUAGUAGAACUAAGAAUAUUCCUCAAGCUGGUUCUCUUGAUUCUGAAUCAGCAGUAUUGUCAUGUAAAUUUGAUAGAAGUGGAUCGAGAUUAAUUACAGGUUGUGCCGAUAAGUCAAUUAAGAUUUACAAAGAAGAUGAUACACAAGUGCCACCUGAAGAUGAAGAAGGAACAAAAUUCUACAUUUCCAAUCUCUUUGGAAAGAAAAAGUACUAA